AUUUUCCACUGUUCUACUACUUAGAUAAAGUAGCUCUAGAUCGCGUUUUUAAUAUUUUUGUGACAACAGUUUCUUUUAAUUAAUUUGUUUUUGAUGAAAUGAAAGUAUUUACUAAUCUACUUUAAGAACUAAGAAACCCUGAAAAGAUGUCAUUAGCUAUAAGGAGAACAACUGAAUUGAUUGGCGCUGCGAAAUGGUUUUUGAGGCGAGAUAGUCGUGUCCUGUCGACAUUGCCUGAGAAAGUCGAAGAGCCUCCAGCUGAACUAACCUCAAAGAGAUAUAGGCGCCGAUUCUUUCAGAAUGAAGCUAUUCUCGAAACCAGACAUGCGUACCCGGAGUUUCUACCCGAUCCAAAUCCUAAUUGGAGGAAUAGCCUUCGUGAGAAACUGGAAAGGGCAGAUAUGCUGGAAAGGAGGAGUCAAAUUGAUAUACCUGAAUUUUAUGUUGGAUCAGUUUUAGCAGUUACAAUAUCAGAUCCUCAUGCUCAGAGUAAAACCAACAGGUUUGUUGGUAUUUGUAUUGAACGCAAAGGAUGUGGCCUGAGGGCAGAAUUCACUCUUCGUAAUGUUGUUGAUCACCAAGGACUAGAGGUGCGGUAUGAUCUCUAUGAUCCAACAAUCCAGAGCAUUCAAGUUCUUCGACUUGAGAAGCGUCUUGAUGACAAAUUAUUUUAUUUGAGGGAUGCUCUGCCAGAAUAUAGCACUUUCUCCUUUGACAUGGACCCAGAAAUACUUCCAGAAGGAACACCUAUUCCUGUAAAUCCAGUUCAGGUGAAAUUGAAACCAAGGCCCUGGCUGGAGAGAUGGGAGCGCCAGGAGCUGAAGGGUGUCUCAAACAUUGAGGAGCAUCUUAAAGAAAAAGACAGAGUUCGAAGAGAACUGAGGAAGACUCCUUGGGAGAAAUAUGAUUUAAUGAAACAAUACAGAAAAACGAUACCAAUCGAAGAUCAGAGCAAAAUUUGGGCUGAAGUACACAAUCAGCUGCAACAGCUGCAGAUGGCCAGGAAGAAGUCAGCUAGAAAACGCACAUUCACCACACCUAAAACACAACUUGGUUAAUCAUUAUUAAGUUCUGUAGUGUCAUUAAAUUUUAUAAAGAACUGCUAAUUUGUAUAGUAUAAAGUACAUUUGAAC